UAUAAACAAAGUUUAAUCGUCAAGUGUAUACCAUUGCAUCUACCGUCCACCAACACAAAGAAGCACACCAACAACAAGAAAAAGAAGAAACGUGUAUUUUCUCGGCUCAAGGCGGUGAUGGUUUCUUUCCGGUUUAGGUGGAGGCGAUAACGUAGCCAAGAUGAAACAGAUCUUAGGUAAACAGGAGGUGAAAAUCCCCAAGGGGCUCAAAGCCUCUGUCAAAAACCGUGUUGUGACCAUCACCGGUCCCCGCGGUGUCUUGAAGAGGUCCUUCAAGCACUUGGCCAUCAACAUGUACAUGACCAAGGAAGGCCGUCUCCGAGUUGAGAAGUGGUUUGGAACCAAGAAGGAGCUUGCCGCUGUCCGCACAGUAUGCUCUCACAUUGAGAAUAUGUUGAAGGGUGUCACCAAGGGCUUCCUUUACAAGAUGCGUGCGGUAUACGCUCACUUCCCCAUCAACUGUGUUACCUCUGAGAAUAACAGCGUCUUGGAAGUGAGAAACUUCUUGGGUGAGAAAUACAUCCGAAGGGUUAAGAUGGCACCUGGUGUCACCGUUACCAACUCAACCAAACAGAAGGAUGAGCUAAUCAUUGAAGGAAACAGCAUUGAAGACGUUUCAAGAUCAGCUGCCCUCAUCCAGCAGUCAACCACUGUGAAGAACAAGGAUAUCCGUAAGUUCUUGGAUGGACUUUAUGUAUCCGAGAAAACUACUGUUGUUCAGGAGGAAUAAAUACUAGGGUGAUAUUUCAAA